ACUGGAGGGUUUCUCUGCCUGGUGUGGCAUUCACAUCCUCACGCUCAUGUGGUAACAUCCAGCAUCGCUUUGCUCCCCUGCACACUGGCCUGAUUCCAGGGAUUUGAAGUAGAAAGGACAGACAGACAGACAGAGGGACAGAGAGCAUAUAUGCUGGAAAGUUAGUUUCAAAGUAGGAGGGGAAAAGAACAGUGGUCCAGAGAAGAGAAGAAAGUGAAAAGCAGGUGAGAAAGUAAACUGUCAAAGUAAAGGUUGAUUAGCUGACUGCACACUACAAAAUCCACUGACAUGGCAGCCAUGGAAGCGCUGGAAUCCACGAGUGCUAUGCUGGAGCCUCAAAGCCUCACCGAGAUCUCAGACGACGAGGUCAACCUCCCGCCCUCGGACGACGAAGACGAUGCCCUCGCCGCGGCCAGGAAAGAGCUGUCCCACAUGGGCACGGAGGGGGACGCCGCCGAAGACAAGGACGAAGCGGGCAAGCCGGACCAGCAGGUGAACGGGGUCAUGGUCCUGACUUUGCUCGACAAGAUCAUCGGGGCGGUGGACCAGAUCCAGCAGACCCAGAGCGGGCUGGAGGCCAGGCAGCAGGACAUGGAGCGUUCGGUGACCGGCAUCCAGGGCGAGCUCACCAAACUGGCCAAGAACCACAGCACCACGUCCAACAGCGUCAACAAGAUGAUGGAGAAGGUGCGCAAAGUGAGCGUCAACGUCAAGACCGUGCGGGCCACCCUGGAGAAGCAAGGAGGCCAGAUCAAGAAGCUGGAGAGCAACGAGGCCGAGCUGCUCAAGAGACGCAACUUUAAAGUCAUGAUCUACCAGGAUGAAGUGAAGGUUCCUUCAAAACUCAGCAUCUCAAAAUCCUUGAAGGUUUCUGAGUCUGUGUCAGGAAGCAGAGGAGGCAGCAUGCUGGAGCUCAAGGAAACUGUGGAAGAGGAGGAGGGCGGAGACGGAGAGAAGGCAGACAAACCCCACAUUGACCUCUCGUCAGAUGAGGAGGGGGUGGUGAUUGAGGAGGCCAUCGAGGAGACUCGCGCCGAGCGCAUCAAGCGCAGCAGCCUGCAGCGUGUACAAAAUCUGAAGACGGUCUUCUCGAAGGAGAAGAUGGACAAGACCAGAAUGAAGACCAAAGAGAAACUGGAAAAGACCAAACAAAUGACCAAGGACAACCUGGAAAAGACCAGGCAGAAAACCAAGGAUAAUUUACAAAAGACCAGGCAGAAGACCAAGGACAACCUGGUGAAGACACGUCAUAACAUUGAGAAGAAGAUGGGAAAGCUUGGAACACAGAUGACCGUCAACCCUGAGCACAAGCAGAAGAUGCAGACAUCCCGUGAUAAGGUGAAGAAGUCCUUCACGCCAGACCACGUUGUUUACGCCCGGUCCAUGAAUGCUGUGUACAAGGUGCCCCCCUUCACCUUCCAUGUCAAGAAAGUCCGCGAGGGCGCCGCCGAGGUGGUCCAAGGCACCGAGAUGGUGGAGGUGUCCCAGGACAUCGAUCCCUUCGGUGGAGUGGACGGGGAGGUCGAGGAGGGCGCAGUGGAGGUCGAGAUGGAGAUGAUGAAUGGAGGAGGGGAUGAGGAAGAGGUUGAGGAGGAUGAAGAGGAUGCUCUGCAGGAGAAUGAAGACAGAGAUAGAGACAGCGACUAGAUAAAGAAUAAGGAAUCUGCCAAGACCCUAACAUAAACCCCCCUGAGGUCUUUUGUACAAAAAGGAAUUAAUGUGGGGAUUGGGAAGAUUGCUAAAGAAUAAUUGUGGUUGAUUACAACUUGGUUCUUAUUUUCAUCAUUUUGGCCAUUAUUCCUAUCAGUUAUGAUAACUUUGUACUCAAAAGUAAUAGCUGAGAUCUGGGAACACGGCAUCAUCACUACAAGUUUGGCGGGUCAGUCAGACGAUCAGAUAGGUGGUUAACAAAGCAGUUAAAUAGGCGUUAUCAGUCGCUAUAAGCACCAUAGAUGUGGGUCAGUACUACUACUACAUUGUAAAAGUGAAAUGCAAAAAACUGAAUGAAAAGUCACGUUUUCAACACAAAUGAAAAGGUUUCUUUAGGUUUAGGCAACAAAACUAAAACUUCUUUAGGUUUAGGCAAAUAAAAAUUACCAUUUGACUAAAUGAUAAAAACCUACUAUUGAGUGUAGUAGGUCCCUAUUGACCCACAUCUAUGGGGCUUAUAGCGACUGAUAACACCUAUUUAAUAGCCUGACAACAGUCUACUCGGCUAGAUCUCAGCAGUUAACUUGGUCAAGACAAUGUUAUUAUUACCAAUAGGAAUGAUGGCAAAAACUACAAAAAAUAAGACCCAAGUUGUUAAUAAACAAAAACAAAAUUAUCAUUCAUUCAUUAUCAUCAACAACUUUUAUUUCACCUUUAUUUGACUACAGGUUGGGAUUUGUGCUUCUAAAGUCAGAAAGGGGCUUAAUGAAAAUCUUCCCAUAUGUUCAAAAGCACUUCAUGGGUUGUUUAGAGUCCAUUUGAGUUUGGAUGGUGCAGAUGACCAUGAAAUUAAAAAAGAAAGUGGGAAGAGGAAAUUGAAAAUGACUUUGCUGUUGGCUGGGGAAGGGAGGCGGAGCAAUCGCAGAACUGACAUGAUGAAGAAAUCGGGCCACCAUCAUUCCCGUAGAAAGAAAGUGUUAUUUGACAGCAUUUCCUUUACUGUUUCAUUUUUUUUUUUUUAAAUCAAAACCCCAACAACUCACAGCUAGUGGGAUGAGCACAUGGAAAGGAAUCAUCUCCUCUCCACUAAAUGUCAGUAGUAUUUGUUGAACAUAAAGAAAAUGAUCUCAUGGAGUGUUGAGUAGCAGAUUCCCAACGGCCAAAUAAUGCAUAAACACACUGAGUACAUAUUCGUGCUUAAAAUGCGUAAAUUCUUAAUAUGUAUUACUUACCACACAUACAUAAGUAUUCCUUCCACCCCCUUUGUUGUUCAGCUGUUUAAAUACUGACGUGUUAUCUUAUCUCUGCUUAAUUUACUCAUUAUUUAGAAAUUCUGUUGUCAUUUUCUAGGUUUUGAUGAGCUCACGUUUAAAUAUUUGUGUAUGAUUUUGUAUGUGAUCACAAUUUACACUUGGCCAAUGUCAUUUCCUUCUUUCAUUACUGACAGAAUGUAGCCUAAUAGUUGUAGUUUUUAGCACACUCUUGUUGCAUGCUUUACUGUUAUGCAACAUUUUACUGCCAAAGAAUAACCAGUGCCCAUGAAAAUGAAGGUCUGCAAGGCAGAGACAGCUCACCCAUUGGCCCAUUACAUUUCACUCACCGAUGGUAUUCACUUUAAUUAUUUUCUCUUCUUAAAAAUGUGUUAUGUGCUAUUCUAAGAUGUGUUUCAUAAAGAAAACUGAGAUAAGGACCAAUACUUUCAGCUAUAGUCUCGCAAACCUCUGGUAACCUCUGGUGUACACUCGGGACCUGUCUAUUCACAGUUUCAAAAUAAGAGUGUGUGUUAUUGCUGUGGUAUGACACUGACCCCUAGUGUCCAGUCAUCUCACUAUAAUUUCCUCUGCUCCAGAUUAAAAGUGCAUUCAACCAGAUCUCCAAGUGUUCUCUUGACAAACAAAACAUUUCAUUCAAUAUUUCCACACAGGUUUCCUCCUCAUUUACCUUUUCUGUCCAUCCAUCCAUUAUCUGCAACCAUUAUCAGGGUCACGGGGGUGAAGGCGGGGUACACCCUGGACAGGUCGCCAGACUAUCACAGGGCUGACACAUAGAGACAGACAACACGCUCACAUUCACACCUACGGGACAAUUUACAGAGGAAAGCGGAGAACCCGGAGGACCCGGAGCACCACUGUGCAGCCCCUUUACAUAUUUGUAAUAAAGUUUAUGAAUGUCUUUUAUAUAUUCACCACUACUGGUGGUAUUUUUUGAAAAUUAAAUCAAGAAUUAAUUAAUACAUUUUCUAGCUCAUUCAGAAUAAAUUGACAUCCACCUAUGCACUAAUCCUGGUCAGGGCAGCAGGGGCUCGAACCUAUCCCAGCAUACUUUGGGCUGAAGUCAGGUCAACAGUCUAUCAAAGGGCUAACACAGAGGCAGACAGAGAACAUAGAGUUUUAUAUAACUGUUGCCAAAGUUUACCACAUCGCCACAGUAUUUGAACUGUCAAAGUUCACAUUAUGACACAUCACAGCUUUAUUUGUGUUUUUUAUUUGUACAUAAUGUGAAUCACUGCCAAUGCAGAUCAUAAUGCAUCUUGAUUUUAUUUACCGUCUGCCGCCUGCACAUCUUCUGUAUUUAGAACAGCUUUCUCGUGCCAAAUCAUUCUGAUGUUUGCACAGAUUUCACAGUGCAACAAAUGACAUCGACACUCUCAUAUGUAAUGACUGAUUAAUAAAAUAUUUUAGCUUUUUGAUACAAGAGAAUUGUGUGUGGUUGAAUGCUCAGCCCCUUCAAAGUGGAUUAACAAUGCCAUGUCUGUCAGAGCAAUAACAACAUGCAGAUGUGCUGAGGCCUAUAGUUGAAUGGAACAUAAAAUGUAGUUCACACGUAACUGUUUCCAUGCUUUUGUUUCGUUGGUUACUGAUUUCUGUAUAAUGUUUCAUUGCUUAACCACUAAUGAUUUAAUUAAUAAAAGCUAUUUGGUUCACA